AUGUUAGAUGUCGGCGAGUUUCCCAAUGCCUUCUCAGGCCGGCGAAAGCUGGUUUGGCUGAAAGGCUCAGUCCAGGAGUUCAUGCAGCAGAUAUUCCCAGUUCAGCACAAGCUCAACCACAGCGGCCUCAAGCUGGGCAGGGAGUUUAACGUUUCCAGCAUGGUUCGGAUUGCGGGCUUCAACAUCGAACUGACGACGAAUCUGGCAGAUCACCUUUGUCUUAGAGAUGCAGAUAGAACUGGCAUGGUCUUCCAUCAGGCGUCGCUCCUGAGAAGUCAACAGCAAUCAUCAUUCUUUCACUCGCGGUUCAUCGACGAAACCCUAGCGACACUUGCUCUUCUUUUCCCACAGGGAGACCGGGCCUGCAGAAAGUGGUACAAUAAACAAGACCAGUUUGCCGACCUUGACCACAGUGUGCUCAACUGUGGGUCUGCGCAGAGACGCAUCGACACAUACAGGUACUGGCACGACCGCCUGGUGAUCCUGAAGGAGGAAUUCGACGAGUCGCGCCCAUCAACUCUGUCCCAGUGGUGGAACGAUCGCCGCGAGGGAACUCAGUGGUACACACUCUGGGUGGCCAUCGCCCUGACCCUCCUUUUUGGGCUCAUCCAGUCUAUCGUGGGGGCGAUGCAGCUGUAUAAGGCAUAUUAUCCCAAACCAGCAAGAGUCAUUGAUUUGCCAUCACGGCGAGACUGUUUGGUAAAGCAGAUGGUCUACAUUAAGGCGUCGGCUAUUGUCGGCUCUGGUGUUGGUAUAUAUAAGCAGCCGCUGCCCCUCACCCCUUUAACUCUCGACAUCUUCUUCACCAUGGAGACCAACACCACCACUCUCGCCGAAUACCUCUUCAAACGCGUGCACCAGCUCGGUGUCGACUCCAUCUUCGGCCUCCCCGGCGAUUACAACUUGCAGCUACUGGACUAUGUCGCGCCGUCGCAUCUGCGCUGGGUGGGCAGCAGCAACGAACUGAAUGCGGGGUACGCGGCCGAUGGAUACGCCAGGAUCAAGGGCAUCGGAGCCCUCGUCACAACCUUCGGAGUCGGUGAAUUGUCCGCCAUCAACGCGAUCGCUGGUGCCUACGCCGAACGCGCCCCCGUCGUGCACAUUGUCGGCACUCCUGUCCGCCAGUCCCAGGAGUCGCGCGCCCUCAUCCACCACACCUUCAACGAUGGCGAGUACCAGAACUUCGAUCGCAUGCAAGAGCACAUCACUGUUGCCCAGGCCCUCUUGACAGAUCAUCGCUCCGCCCCCGCCGAGAUCGAUCGAGUGCUGCAGCAAUGCCUUCUCCACAGCCGGCCCGUCCGCAUCGCCAUUCCCCUGGACAUGGUCUCCCUACGCGUUCCAAAGCUGCCGCUUGAAUCGAAACUCUGCCUCCCUCUACCCUCCCGCCAGCCGAAGAUCGAAGACAAAGCGCUGACCACGAUCCUCGACCGCAUAUACAGCGCUAAGAAACCGGUGAUAUUGGUGGAUGGCGAGAUUCGGUAUGCCAGAAUUGUGGAUGAGGUGGACCACAUCGUCAGAGCGACGGAGUGGCCGACUUUCACAUCAGGAUUCGGGAAGGGCUUGAUUGAUGAGGAUCUACCAAACGUCUACGGCGUUUUCACACCACAACACAAGGAGCUUUUCGACUCAAGCGACCUUGUUUUGUGCUUCGGCCCGCACUUUAGCAAUACAAACAGCUUCCUUUAUCAGACCGUCCCAAGAGAAGACAUCACCAUCUCAAUCCAUGCUACAUCUGUGCAGAUCGGCAGUGAGAUCAUCCGCGAUCUCCCGGCCAACUGCUUCCUCCCCCAGCUGAUCGGCCACCUGGAAAUGGACAAAGUUGCCAAGCACAACCCCAAGCUGGUCCAUCCCAAAUCCGUCGCACCCCCAGAAGUGUCAAGCACGGACCUUGUCACACAGGUCGGUGGCUUCUGGCACAGAAUCUCAUCCUUCUUCCGCGAAGGCGACAUCGUCUGCGCCGAAACUGGUACGGCGGCCUAUGGAUCCAACGAAUUCCGCCUGCCCCCCAAGACCCGCUUAUUCAAAGCUGUCACUUGGCUUUCGAUCGGAUACAUGCUGCCGGCCACGCUAGGUGCAAGCCAAGCGCAACAUGACCUCAUCGCUCGCUCCGAGUAUCACGAUCUUCGCAAGGCCCGCUCGAUCCUGUUCAUCGGCGACGGAAGUUUCCAGCUCACGGCGCAAGAGCUUGCGACGAUCAUCCACCGAAAGCUCAAUGUCAUUAUCUUCCUGAUCAACAAUGACGGAUAUACCAUCGAGCGAUGCAUUCACGGACGCGAGGCGAAGUAUAACGACAUCACGCCCUGGCGGUAUCUCAAGGGGCCGGAGUUCUUCGGGGCUCCUACGGAGGGCGAGUACGCUGCUUAUACCUGGCAAGUCCGGACGUGGGGUGAUCUCGACAAUGCCCUGACAGAUGAGCGGAUGCUCAACGGCAAGGGUGUGCGGAUGGUAGAGGUCUUCAUGGAGAAGCUGGAUUGCCCUCCUCCGCUAGAUAAGGUGCUGGCGGCGCAAAUUGCGCGGGAGAAGGCGGAGCAGUAG